CCUUGCAAGUUGGGUGGUGUACUCGCGUGUAAUUUUUCUCAUUAAACUUAUCGUUUGGCCGUUAUGUUGAACAUUUAGCCACACUAAAGAGCGAAUGCGCCGUGGAUUUUUGUUUGGGACGGUUAAUGUAGCUUCGGAUAAAGUAGCAACACACUGGUCGAAGUUUAUUCACUUUGUUGGAUGUUUUUGUCAGUGACUAGAGUUUGGCGCGCCCGGGUGUAAUUGGAGGUUACCACUGGUGGUAUGACCGAGUUUCUUCGCGAAGAUGGAGACCUGCACACACGUCUUCCAGAUUUCUGGGAUCAAAAUCCGCGAUGAGAAAAGAGUUCUGAUCCAGGGAAUUCAGCAGCUGGGUGGGAAAUACAUUGGUGGCUCAGUAUAUCAGCACGCUUGCACCCAUCUCAUAAUCCCUCAGGUGUUGUCCAGCGAGAAGUUUUUGGCAGCUUGUGCUGCAGGAAAGUGGGUUGUAACUCCCGACUACGUGCUGGACAGUGUUAAGAAUGGCUACUGGCUCGCAGAGGAACCCUAUGAGGUGGCCAUUUCCACAGGUUCCUCCGCUGCCUUCUACCCUGUCAAACAGUGGAGAGAGAAAGUGGCCAGUGGGAGACUGAAAGGAGCCUUUCAGGGCUGGAGGGUGCUCCUUAUGGUCCAAGGGUCCACACGCAGAGCAAUGUUCAAACGACUCUUAAAAGCAGGCAGGGCUGAGGUAUAUCACUGCCCUCCCCCCUCUUAUGCCUCUAUCACUCAUGUCAUGGCGAAACCUGUUACAGAAUCCUCAAAAUCCCACAGUGCUCCUUGUUACCCUGUGAGCCACAUAGUCCAGCACCUCUUUGGGACUGAAAGCCUAUUGUUUGGGGGUCAGAGCAAUCGUGUGGAUAUGAAUUUCAACAUAACAGAAGAACAAGAGGCUCAUCCAGCAGAUGUGAAGGACAAUUUAUCUACUCUGGAGGCGGAGCUUAAGACAUAUAUCAAACAAGUGGGCCAGCCAAGACUGUGCUUCCUUGAAUAUUUGGGCUACCAUGACCCCUAUAGUCCCCUGGCUCAGGCAACAAAAAUGGACUUCAGCAAUGUUGGCUGCAUGAUAGAGUGUGGCCUCUUCACUGAAGCCUUGGACUCAAUCAGAAGUGGUGUGUACCCAGGCCUCCUGCCACCGGCGCCAUACCUGAUCUCCCUCUUAGAAUACGCUCAGCAGGGUAACGCCACAUCUGUCUUCAUGAGAAAUUUCCAGCAGGUCCUUGAUAAACUGCUUAUUACCAACCCUCCCUGGAUGGCUCCCAAGUCAGUGAAACAGUAUUUUACUCAAGUGCUGCAGUGUCCUCGGUGUAAGAAGGGCUUGUGGUCUUUUCUAGAGACAGCCAUCAGAUAUUCUAUGUCUAGUGAAGAGACCUGUCACGCACUUCCUGGACCUGGCCUUCCAACAUUGUUACACUUCCACUGUUACAUUCUGACUCUCUUCCUGAAGAUCUUCCAGGGGGAGCUCCACUCAGUCACUGCCGGAGAGUUUGUGCAGCUCCAGGGAGCCCCUCCAGCAUCAGCAUCAGGAUCUUUGCUCUAUAGAACCUUCUGGACUGUGUGGGAGCGCUCCACCCUCUUGUCCAGUGCUGUAAAACAACUAAUGCAGCUUUUGAUACAGGCUGCCAUGACUGAGUACGCCGAGAGGGAUGAGAAGCAGAAGUUGCACUUGGCAGACACCCUACUGGAUUUCCUGUCUGUGUUGGUGGAGUUUUGGUAUCAGCAGCAUUUCAAAUUAAACCAGACACUAGUGGAAAAAGGCCUGAAAGACCUGUCAGAAUAUCUUGCUGUCAUUAGCCAGGAUUUAUCUCCAAAUAUUUUGGUAGAACUGGUUAUCAGGGUUCGCUCUACCAGGCUUAAGUUGAUGGUGGCUGAUGCCAUAUUCAGGAAUCUCUGCUGCAGAAAUGGAUGCACUGUGGGAGAUGAACCUCUGUCACUCAAGAAAAUGGUGCUUUCCUACCUGCCUGCUCUGGGAAGUUUGGCUCUGAGUCCCAGUGGUACUCGCCUCAGGACUGAGCACACCUCACACAGCUGCACUAGUCAGGGGACCGACUGCAGACCUCAAAACUCUUUGGAGAAUGAAACCUGCUCGGAGAAAGAGAACAUCCCCAGAGGUUUGAACAGAGUCAACGCAGCAGGAGAGACCCUCCUCCACAGAGCUUGCAAGAGGAACCAAGUGGAAACGGUGCUUCAGAUCUUGGCGCUUCCUGGCAUAGACAUCAAUGUUAAAGACCAUGCAGGCUGGACACCUCUACACGAGGCAUGCAACCACGGCAGCACCGAGUGUGUGGAAGCUUUGCUGCGCCACCACCCUUCCCCUGUGCUUAAUAAUCAGGUGGAUGGAGUGAGUCCACUGCACGAUGCCCUGCUAAAUGGACACAUGGACAUUGCCAAAAUGCUGCUGGAACAUGCAGGAUCUGUUCUUCUACGCCAGACGGAUGGCCACGGUCGGGUCCCGCUGGAUCUAGUCUCUGAGCCAAGUCAGAGGGAAGAGCUCCUCCAUAGUGCACAGCUUGGAGACACAAAGUGUUUGAGAAAUGAGGCAACUGAAGUUAACCUUCCCCUCUUGGAGGCUGGAUCAUCUCUGCUGUCCCUACUCAUUUUCUCCUACCUCAGGGAAACGGGCAUUCCUCACCACACACCAACCAGCGACAAGCACCACAGCCUGGGCUACCGGCUGGUCAGGGCACUGGAGAGGCACUCCUUCCAAAAAGUGACUCAGGGCUGGGCAGACCAGCGGGCAGUGAGGCUGGUAGAAGAUGUAGAGACAUUGUGGGAGCUCAGCCAAGGGAAGUACCAGGGACAGGUGUCUCAGGGUAUAAUAGAGUGCAAAGGAGAGAACACACAGUUCCUGAUGAAGAUAUUAGAGGAUCUUAGGUUGCGAGGAGAAGCACUAGUAGGUGAUCUGUGAUCUGUAAGGUUAAAGGAUCACUUUACACCACACUGAAGCUGACUUAAAUGCAUAACCUGUGAGUGAAAGUGAACAAAAAGGUAACUUUUUAUUACAUGGUCCUAAAAUUUGCCAGGGCCUUAAAAUAGGUCCACAGGGCAAAAGUCUUCCUGUGGAUAUCUGCCUCUAAAGCAGCAUGCCUUUUAAGUUCAAAGCUGUUCAUUUCUUAAGUGCUACACUUUUAUACCUACUAAUACCUAAUGUUCAUUGGCUUGGUCUGUGUAUAUUGUAUAUUUUCAGGAGUUUCACAAGUUCUGUGUUUCGCAAAUAUUUCUUGAAUUUAAAUGUUAUUUAUUUUUAAUAUUUCAAGUUGCAUGUUUUUGUAUGACACUAAUGUUUCAUUUCAGUGUCGAGUGUUGCUACCUCAUGUUUUCUUUUUUCUUAAUUUUUUUAAUGCUGCG